AUGGCUUAUCCAAAUCAUAUCUCAUUCACCUAAAAGUGGAAAUUAUUGGACUAUUGUCAAAAAUUAUACUUCAAAAUUUUCUAAUAAAAAAGCUUGUAAACACUUAUUUAUAACUUAAGUUUUUAAUUCCACCAAACAGGCUACGAAAAGUUAUAAAUAAUUUUUAGCAAGUUAAUUUAUCAAAUUAAAAAAUACUUUCAAAAUACCUCAUCAAAUUUUUUCUUUAAGUUAGUUUCUAAUCAAUCCUCCUCUUUCUUUCCCUUUAUAUUAAUAUUUAACUUCAGCAAUAUAAAAAAUUAAAAAUAAAAAUAAAACUCAAUUAUAUGUUUAAUAAUUAUUGAUUAAUAAACAACCUAUUAAAAAAGAUUUCACUUAAAAAACAAAAACAUUUUGAAUUAAAUAAAUUAGAUUUAAAAAAGAAAAAACAAAUUAAAAAGAACAUAUAUUAAUUAAUUGCAAAUUGCAUAAAAUAUGAAAAAUAAUAAAUGA